GUUGCCAAGUGAAUAGAGGUAGAAAGACGGUGAAAAAAUGUAUCGUAAAAAGAUUUUAAUUGUGCUAAUGAGCCUUUUAUUUGGAAUUGUGACCAUUUUAAGACUGGUCACAUAUCGUACAAAUGGUCAAAUAUAUGAGACUGCAGUGUCCUGGACUUCUGUAUCAGAGAACUGUGUGCUUAAACAUGUCUCGCGUAGAAUAAAUAAGGGUGAUAUAAGUAUCACAAUGAUGGACUUUUUAACAGCUAGUAUGGCAUUUGAUAAUUGCAGAAAUAGUACUGAGUUUUUAAACAAGCCUCCAUCCGAAAAAUCUACGAAAUAUACUAUUGUUAUGCCUACAUAUCAUAGAGAAAAGCUUAUUACGAGAGCAGUUCAGCACUAUUCAACAUUCAGCAAUGUCUCUAAAAUUAUUGUUGCGUGGUUUAAUGAACAAAAGAUGCCAACUGCGAAAGAUAUCGGCAAAUAUCUCUCUCCGAAGAGUAAAGUUAACUUGGAAUUUUAUUGGAUGCCAAAUUUUGUCAGGCUAAGAUAUUAUCCAUAUCCAACAAUUAAUACGGAAGCUACAUUGAAUGUCGAUGAUGAUAUUCUGAUAAAUGAAAAUUCAGCACUGAAAGCUUUUGUAGAAUGGAAGAAGGAAAAAAAUUUUAUGUACGGCUUUGUGGCGAGGAGCCACAAAGUAAUAGGGAGAAAUCUGUACGAAUACGUUAUGGAUGAAACUGUUCCCUACUCUUUUCUUCUUGCCAACAAUAUAUUUAUGCAUAGGAAAUACACAAGAAUAUAUCAAGAUUAUACUAGGCAAUGGGAAAACACCAUAGAUAGGUGGCAAUCGUGUGAGGAUAUCGCUCUGAGUUUUAUGUUUGCGGACUUGAAUGGUAGCAAAGAUAGUGCAAUUAAGGUGAAAGGCUCCUAUAAGGAUAUCAGAGACAUCGGUGCAUAUAAAGGAUUAUCGAAGAGAAAAGGACAUCACUUUCAGAGAUCUUACUGCUUAAAUCGUUACGCUGAACGUUAUAAAGAAUUUCCAUUGAGGAAGCACUCUCGUAUUAUAAAAUAA